AUGGCACAUUCCACACCUGCCAAACAAAAAGUUGUCAUCGUGGGCGCAGGCCCGGUGGGGUCCCUUGCAGCUCUCUAUGCAGCAGCCCGAGGCGACGAUGUUGAAGUAUAUGAGCUACGCGGAGAUCUGCGUGAUCCGGCGACUAUUCCGCUAAACUUCACAAAGUCUAUCAAUCUGGCGCUGUCGGAGCGAGGCAUCAACGCCAUGCGGGAGUCGCACCGUGAUGAACUCAUCAAUCGGGUUCUCGCGGACUCGAUUCCCAUGCAUGGACGCAUGAUCCACGGCCGGACAGAUGGCAAGCUCUGGGAAGCUGCUCAAGCAUACGACGUUCACGGCCGAGCAAUCAACGCAGUCGACCGCGGCACCCUGAACAACGCCUUUCUGGAUGAGUUGGAGCAGACCCCCAACGUGCGACUCUUCUUCAACCACAAGCUCGUCGGGGCCGACUUUCGCGCCAACCGGGCCUGGUUCGAACGGCGCGACCCCGGGAGCAAUCCCUACGACAAAGCUACAGAAGUCGAAGCGACCUUCGACCUCCUCAUCGGCGCCGACGGGGCCCACUCGGCAGCGCGCUACCACAUGAUGAAGUUCGCCCGCGUCGACUACCAGCAAGAGUACAUCGACACGCUGUGGUGCGAGUUCCGCAUCCCGCCGUCCCCGACGACCAACGACUUCCUCAUCUCCCCGAACCACCUGCACAUCUGGCCCGGCAAGGAAUUCAUGUUCAUCGCCAUCCCGUCGGCCGACCGGUCCUUCACCUGCACGCUCUUCGCGCCCGCCGACUACUACGACACCCUCUCGGCCAGCUCCCCCGACCGACUGAUCGAGUUCUUUGACACCAACUUCCCCGGGGUGUGCCCGGACCUCAUCACCCCGGAGGCCCUGCACGAACAGUUCACGGCCAACCAGCACCUGCCCCUCAUCAGCCUGAAAUGCAAACCCCACCACUACGACGCCAGCGUCGUCGUCGUCGGCGACGCUGCGCACGCCGUCCUCCCGUUCUACGGCCAGGGCCUCAACGCCGGGCUGGAGGACAUCCGGACGCUGUUCGACAUCCUGGAUCGGCACGGGGUCUACAGCAACAGCUUCAGCCCGGGAAUGCAGGACGACCCCAAGCACCGCCGCGAGGCCCGCCGGCGCGCGCUGCAGGCCUACACGGACCAGCGCGCGGCCGACACGCACGCCAUCAACGACCUCUCGAAGCAGAACUUCCUCGAGAUGCGCUGGGGCGUCAAGUCCCCGCUGUACCGGCUGCGCAAGGCCGUCGAGGAGUCCAUGGACCGCUACCUGCCCGGUCUGGGCUGGCAGACGCAGUACACCCGCGUCAGCUUCAGCAACCAGCGGUACUCGGAGGUGGUGCAGGCCGUGCGCAGACAGGGUCGCUUGCUGGGCUUGGGGCUCGGCGCCGCGGCCCUGGUGGCCGGUCUGUCGGCGGUGGCGGUGGGUCUGCAGUUCUGGAGGCGACGGCCGGCUCCCCGCUCGCUGUGGGCGGUUCUUCGCAAUGUCUUUCGCGAGGCAAGAGGGUGGCUUUGAUUUUUCGGUUAUAGACGCUUCCUUCCCACUCCCCUCAUUCCCCCGGCCUUUGUUCCUUCCCGAAUCUCCACGACUCCUGCUGCGGAAUGCUGAUGACCGUGUGAUCUAUCUGUAACAUUAUUCUCCUUUUCUUCCCCAUUUAGAUGCUGAUCUAGAGGUCUAAUUAUGAGCAAUUCCCUAUUCAUGCUUUCACCAGCCCCCCGAUGAAGCCAGUUUUCUGCACAGUACCAUCACGUACCUUUCGAAGCACUUUUGCCUUGCACUUCAGCCAUACCAUAGAAUCAGAUACGUAUUAUUUGGACACUCUGAGGUACUUGGAAGUCCGGUGAAGACGACUAGCCUCGUUCGCGGCCCCAGCCGCCUGCCUCUUGGCUAUCUCGCUUGCUCACUGACUGUAUGUCCUUCUGUCACAAAUGUACAGUACACCUAGAUUGCUUUG